AUGGGCAGUCAACAAUCCCGUCCACGAAGUCCAAGUACCGUCAGCCAAACCAAUACCUAUUAUCCGUCUCAGCAAUCCUCCUCGUGGCACCAUCCUGGUGAUCAACCACCUUACCAUCAACAGCAACGGUCACAGAACCCAUAUCAACGAGAGUAUCCAUUACCAGUGCUGAUGCCAUCUGACGGCCGUGUCAAAGUGCGGAAGAACUCAUCACCUAGCACUACAUCGCAUACCAACAGCAAGCCUGCACGUGCUCGUUUUAAACCUUUGCGUGCAUUCUCCACUUUCCGAUUCGACCACAACCCAGUGUUUUCUCCUCCUCGUCAUACCUCUUCCACCACAGCAGCAGCAUCAACAGCUGGUGGUGGUGGUGCUCCUUCGGAUGGGUUACCAUCGCAACAACAAGCAGCAAAUGAUAUGACAUCAGGUGGUACAACGACAUUGAGUACAGCUGUGCAUCCAUUGGCGGUGAAUGAAGAGCCAACAACAGGUCAGACUAGUAGUUUCAAUAGCAACAACAGUGCCAAUAGUCAUCAAUAUGUGUGGAUAGCUGGUCGCAAGUAUAAUUUGGUGCCAGCAUCAUCGUACAUGCUCCCUUGUGAUGAGGAUGAAGUGAGCCGCUUGCAUCUCUUACAUUUCAUGGUGCGAUUCGCUAUCCAAGGCAACUACCUAGCCCCAGUGAGCGAAGUGUUACGAAAAGGCGCCAAAGUCCUCGACAUGGGAUGUGGCCCAGGCGCAUGGUCCAUGGAGAUUGCAAGCGAAUACCCAAAAUCACAAGUAGUCGGUGUCGACAUUAGCCCAAUGUUCCCCAACGACAUUAAGCCUUCCAAUUGUACAUUCCACCAGCUCAAUCUACACGACGGCUUGCCCUUUGAAGAUGACACAUUUGACUAUAUUUUCAUGCGAUUCAUUGGAAUGGGUAUCAAAGCCGAGCAAUGGGAGUCUGCAUUAACCGAAUUGGCGCGUGUAUUGAAACCAGGUGGUUGGAUCGAAUUGACCGAGGUGGAUGCCGAGCUGUAUCGAGUUGGUCCCAAUACCCGAGAAUUGAAUCAGCAAUUGAUUCAAGUCAUGCAGAUGUUACACAUUGAUCCUUACGCUGGCCGUACUCUCAAGUCAAAACUUGAAAAGAUCAGCUGUUUGACAGAUAUCCAAACUACCUUUAUUUCUUGUCCUGGUGGUCAGUGGGCUGGCAAGCUUGGUCAACUGGCGCUCCAAUCAUGGCAAGCUUAUUAUCAUGCACUUGGUCCCAAGAUAUGUCGAUCAGUCAAUAUGCCGUUCAAAGAAUACGAAGACAAAAUGGAGUCCUGUUGGCGUGAAGCGGAUGAAUACAAGACCUUUGAAAAUGUCCAUUUUGCGUAUGCCCAAAAGAAAGCGGCGCCUGCUUGA